AUGUGGGAACGAUCCCUGUUUUUUGAUGCAUUCUUUGAGAUUUGCCAUCCCAAGUGCGUAUACGCAAAGCCAGACGUUCGCUUCAAACACAACAAUCACUUUUGCAGACUCAUGUUGAGGGAGGUCUUGGAAAAGAAAACCACCACUACCGGAAUCGUGUAUUGGCCUCAUUACCUAAAACAUGUUCAAAUAAAACAGGCUCUUCAUCAAAAAUGGGAAACCCUAACAAAUUCCCAUAGAAGCUUUCUAGACGGGUCCACUCCUGAUGUCUACAUGUACUUCAAUCUCAAGGUGAACGUUGGCGGGUGA